AUGACUAUUGCAUGUUUGUUGAUUGGUUGGGUCAUGGGUACGAGUAGUACUCCGACUUUUUGUCCAAGUGGCUUACCAGAAUUACAGCAUUAUUGCAUAGCACUGCCCAAUUCAGUUCCUACGUUGUACAUUGAUCGAUUUAAAAAUGCCAACUGUCGAGAGGGAAGAAAAGAAGUUGCUGGAAUUCGGAAUUCUCAAGAGGCGCACAAGGCUUUGUCGUUCGAUUCACAACAAAAAUCCAAUGUAGACGAUGUUACGCCUUGGACGUCGCUAGAGGUUAAAGCGCUUCUUGAAACUGUAAAAAAACAUGGUCGACUCUGGACAUAUAUUUCCAAAAAAUAUUUUCAAUCAGAAAGAUCCGCGGUCGAGUUAAAGCUAAAAUGGAUAGAUUGUCAAAGUGGAAGUGAUAAUAAUAUUUCUUAUCAUUGUUACUGGACCGCUAAAGAAGAUGAGAAACUCAGAAAAGGUAUCGAAAUUUUUGGAGUGAACGAAUGGAAGACAAUUCAAACAAAUCUUUUGCAAAACAAAACCGAAAAUCAAAUAGCUAACAGAUGGAAGAUCGUUUCAAAGACUAAACGUGGAAAAUGGAGUGAACACGAGGAUCAAAUUAUGCUUGACUUUAUUCAAAACAACGGAAGAAAGUGGGAUCAAUUAAGCGAUUUAAUUGGACGUCCAACAGCAGAUGUUUACAGAAGGUACCACCUUGUAACCAGCGAACCUUGGACAAAGGAAGAUAAAGAGAGGCUCUAUGAUUGUGUUAAAACAUUUGGAUACGAUUGGGAAAAGAUCAUGUUGAAUUUCCCUGGCAGGAACCUGAGAGAGGUUAAACAAUAUCAUAAUUUUCAUCCUUCCACAAAUCCAAAUGUAAACUUAGGUCGUUGGACUCCUGGUGAAAUUGCGAAGCUGAAGGAAUCAAUCGAAAGAAAUGGAAAGAAAUGGAUUCUUGUGGCAAAAGAUGUUGGAUCAAGGACCAAUUGCCAGUGUCAAGCAUACUGGAGAAAUCACCUUCGAAAAUCUCAUGAGAAGGCUUACAGACUUGAAAAAUCUGAAUAG